GUUGGCACAGCAGUAGUUAUCAUCCUCUUAUGCAGCACUGCCACUCGCUCUUUGCAAGGUUUUGUGGGAUUUUUUUCUGGAUGUUCUUUGUUUUUAUUCAAAACAGCGUAAGAAGUCUGCAGCGUAUGGAGGGCAGGUUCCUUGGCCACCAGACAGUAUUACAUCAGGCUGCUGUCUUGGGAAAUAGUGAAGCCAUCGCAGCUCUAAUUCAAGCUGGCUGUGCACUAGACCUCCAAAACAGAGACGGCAACACUGCUCUGCAUGAAGUUUCGUGGCAUGGUUUCCUUAAAUGUGUGAAAUUGCUGAUCAAAGCAGGAGCUAAUUUACACAUAAAAAAUAAGGCAGGGAACACAGCACUUCAUCUGGCCAGUCAAAAUGAUCAUUUUCCGACUGCUCGCCUUCUGCUUCUUGGAGGAGCCACCCCAGACACAACAAACAGUAAAGGGGAAACAGCUCUACACGUGGCAGCUACUUUGAGUCAUAAGAGGACAGUUAAACUUUUAUUGGAUUUUGGGGCAAAUGCAUACAUCAGAAACCAUGAAGGUCAGAUGGCAUUGGACAUAGCAAAAGAGAAUGACCACAGACGUGUCGUACUUCUGCUGAGCAAGUAUUCUCAGCAAAAAAGCUUGUCAUUUGCGAUGGAAAUGCACAGUAGUGAGCCAAGAGACAGCACACAGGAGAAACAGUUGCAAAGCCAUUUUACCCUUGCUGCCAUCAAAAGCUCCAAAGGGAAAAGAUUCAAAGAUCAGCAAUCCCGCCUAAAGGAUCCAAUCGUUAGGGACAAUUCAUGGACACAUUAUAGAAAUACUUUUCAGCUUUACUCUUUGUAUCGUGACGCAGAUGGAAACAUUCGACAGGAACCAGCCAAAGGCUGCCCUUGUGGGCCCAAGAUAAAAAAACUAGAAGAGCGACUGAAAGACAUAGAAAAGGAGCUGAGACUGCACAUGCUGACCAUGCAUGAACAGUUUGACAGCAGGCUGUGUAAGAUGGACCACAAGAGCAAACACCAGAAAGAAAUGAAUCAUAAUCUGAAGAGGUGGAGGACGACCAAGAUUCCAAUAGCAGUUGAAUCCCUGCAUUACAAUCUGCUUCCUGCCUCCCCUGCGGAGCCAUCAGAUCCUGGACUGGAAUCCACUCCCUUGCUGUCUAUGGUAUCUGCAGAUAGCAGCACAUCAGUGGCUACUUAUGUGAACAUUCUUCCACCCAAAUCUAUCUUCAUAGAAGACAAAAAGGAGUGGACUCGGAGUGAGAAAUAUUUUGAAAUGAAGAAAAAUGGGUCACCUGGUGACAACCAGCAUAAAGCCCUUUCCUCAUUGUGUAACUGCCAUGGUUUUGGAUUCCUUUUGGAUUCUAACAACUUCUGCUGCCAAACUCCAAGAGUGCGUGAUGGGAACAUAGCUGUGGCUAUGUGUGACCAGAGCUUCUCAAACAGUAGCAGCAACCAGUGCGACAUGAAUGACCAGGACCCGUUGAAGAGAAUUUUGACCUGCAAAAGUGGAAGCAAUCAAAUCCCAAGCCAGAUCCAAGUUGAUGACACCAGAACUCUGGAGUCCUUUGUCGACCCUCAGUCCGAGGCCACAUUAUUUCAAGAAAGAAACCAUCUGCAUGCAAUGGAGGUGACGCAGCAAUUCUUUGAGACAGUGUCCAUUCAGCUGGAGCGUUGGUAUGAAAGAAAAAUCCUGGAAGUGGAGAAGCAGACGAAACUCAAAAUGCAGCAGGAGAGACAGGAGUUACUGCAACACAUCAACAAGUUAGAGGAGGAGCUACAGAAGCUGAAAACGGAUGAGAAACCUGAACUCUGAAAAAAAGGAAGAAAAAAAUUUGAACAAUUUUCUUUUUGUCUACGUGCUAAUCCAAUUUCCGAGGGAUACAUUUUAGACUAGGGAAUAAUUUGUAUUGAAAACAGAUAUCAUGUAUGGGAAACUGGGGCGAGCAAAAGUUGUUUUUGGCAGCCCUUUUAAUUUUUGUAUUAGUCUUAGUCAUUUGUCUUAUUUGUCUUAGUCAUAUUUUAGUCAUUUCAAAAUGUGUUUGUCUUUGUCUAGUUUUGGUCGACGAAAUCUCAUACAAAUGUAAUUUAUUUUUAGUCGAUAGUUACUCAAAACGUUUUCGUCUGUAAAAUUCAAAAGUUUUAGUCCAAAAAUAAACAUUUCCGGUACAUAAUUUUCAAUGAAAGCCACAAACUGGCACAUGGCUUGAGAGGUAAGUACAUUUAGAUAAAAAUAAAGUUUCAGGUAAUUGGUGCCACAAAGCCUUGUGGUGUAUUGUGCCACUGGCACAUUUGAUUAUUUCUUUAUCACCCAGA